CAAUGACAACUUUAAAACACAGGUUUAAAUUUAAGUAAGCCUCAGGUUAUACAACGCAAUGCAAAUCUUUAAUAUAUAUCACGUGAUAUUUUUCUUAAUUUCAAUUGGUGGUUUUUUGGGAAGAAUGUCGAUCAGCUCAAACAUCACAACAAAAACAUUUCCUUCAAGUUUUGUUAGACAGUAUCAAUCAAAAGGAUGAAAGUGAAAGGUUUGGGUUACGCCUUUUCGUAGAAAAUAGCCUUUUGUCAAGGAAAGGUGUGUUCGCAUCAAAAUACUGGAUCAUUCGACAGUGGAUUUUUAAGCAACAGUGCAUAUUUUAAGCCCUGCUGAUUGUCAAAUUGCCCAGCCUUUAUGACUCAACUUAUAAGGACCUUGGUUCGAUUGAACUUAUACCUUAUCUCUGAAGUUUGGCCUUUUUCGUGGAUGGUUGCUUUCUACGGCACCAAUUUCUCGAUAAUUGCCAUUGGAAUGUUCUACGUUAUUGAUUUUCGACGACUGCUUUGAUGAUCACAUCGCCAUUUCUUCAUCACGGCACGCGAUUCAGCAACGCAGCAAUCAAGGAUCUCGUAGCUAUGCUAACCGGUGGCUAUUUGUUGAACUAGACAGUUUUUAUACAGAAGACGUUGUUUUAAGGUAUGCUUAUGCUUCAAGGAACCUUGAUUGACCUGAAUAGGCGUUUUCACACAAAGCUGAGAAAGUCACUUUUCUUGCCAGUGCGUCCUCCCCGCCAUUUCUAAUAAGCUUAAAGAAGGUCAUUAUAGCGAACCGCAGUUUACGUAGGCGGCAUUUUAGAGCAAACAACCUUGUACAGCUGUGUCACGCUGUUUUCAGCUGGCAAACCUACAUUCCAGAGGUAGAGAGUAAAAUUUUCUUAAUCUGGGCGAACGGGAACUUUUGACACACUAAAACACGUAAAACAGUACCUUCUCCCAGCGUGGGAUUUUCGAAAAAAUGUUGAGUGAAAUUGAAUAUGAUCAAGAGCAUCCUCGUGAGCUGAUUAAAUGUGUGCUUGUCGGAGAUACAGGUGUUGGAAAGACCAGACUCAUUUGUGCACAGGCUUUUGGAGUUGGUACACCAGCACCACAGGUCACCCAAAAGCAACACCUUCACUUUCCAACAGUAUUUGCAAUUGACCAAUACCACGUCUCCCCAGAAAUAAGAGAUCGUGCCAACUUCAGAGUUGAUGGAGUCGACAUAGCACUAAGGCUCUGGGACACAUUUGGUGAUCAUGAGUUCAACCGAAAAUUUGCAUAUCAAAAUGCACAUGUGGUGGUGCUCUGUUUUGCAAUCAACAGUCCUAACACCUUUAAAAAUGUUAAUGCUGUGUGGUAUAGUGAAAUCAAGAAGUACUGUCCAAGAACUCCCAUUGUUUUGGUGGGAACUCAGUCAGACUGGCGACAGCAUGUCAAAGUCAGCACAAGUGUAACUGUAAGCAAAAGCUUAUCCAAGCGAAUGCGAGAAUGUUCCCUUGUGACACCUGACAUGGGGCGCCAAGUGGCAAAGGAAAUUGGUGCCACUUAUUAUGAAGCCAGUGUUGUAACCAUGUGGGGUGUAAAUCAUGUUUUUGAUAAUGCAGUUCGUGCAGCACUAAACACCCGGCGACAUACCAGGUUUUGGUCAUCUCACCUGAAGGGGGUCUUAAAACCACAACUUCAACCUCCAUACCUUCCAGAGAAACCAGAUUCCCCAGCUGUGAGUGUCGAUUUACCUUUGUUAUAUAAAGAAAACUUGGCGAGGCUUCUUGAUCUGGGGACGUGUGCUGAUGUGGAGUUUCUGGUGCAGGGCCAGACCAUCAAGGCACACAGGGCAAUUCUGUCUGCUGCUGCACCAGCAUUUGCAGAACUAUUUUCUGCAAAGGAACUAAGAGUCACCAAUAGUGGUGCACCCUCAAAGAAGCUUGUGUUGCAAGAUGCACUUGUGUUUGGAAAGCCGGGAAGUCUACCCAGGGGUUUUGUCGCCAUUAGUUCCCGAAAUAAUUGGGUCAGUGAAGAACGUGGUGCCAGUGUUCUAGUCACAGUUGACAAUUUUCUUUCUUUUGGAACAUUCAUGCAUGUUCUUGAAUUUCUGUACAGUGGCAACAUUCCUCUGGAGGUUUGCACUGAGGAGCUUGAAGAAGCGGCUAGGAAUCUUCAAAUUGUUCACCUUGCUGAGUAUGUUGCUAAUGUAAUUAACAGAAUGGAGUACAUGAAUACUGAAGUUUAUUCUAACAUGGUGCGAGAAAUGGUUUCUUCUGCAAAGAAACUUGUCAAUUCCCAGAUCUUCUCAGACAUUGUGUUCAAAAUUGAAGACAGAGUUGUUGUUGCACACAAGGCAUUUCUUGUGGCACAGUGUGAAAUGAUGGCAGCCAUGUUCAUGACAGGGCACUUCAAAGAAAGUGGAGUUCAAGUGGUGAGCAAUCUUUUUCAAAUGAAUGGUGCAAUUCUUUUUUUUAUUAUUUCAACCUUUCCCAAAUUCACUCUUUGAAAAGACCCUUCCAGGGUUUUUUCAACUUUUGAUUUGGACCAGAUGGGAAAAUCUGUUGACACCACUGGAAAAGGCACCUUAAAAUUAGUAAACUUGCCAAGUUUGUAAUUGAUAAGUCUUAACCCUUUGAGUCCCAAUAGUGACCAAGAUCAAUUUUCUCCUAACAAUAUCCAUACAUUGUCAACAGAUAAGUUAUGAGAAUUAAUAAAAUGAUCACCCAAGUAAAAAUGCCUUGAUCUUUUAUCAAAUUCUCUCAACUCAUUCUUUAAGGAAAUGUAUGGAGAUCAGUUUGAAGAAUUUGUCUGUUGAUACUGGGGCUUAAAGGGUUAAAUCAGUGAAGAUAUAGCUCCACAAAGUUACAAAAAUUUACAGACAUUUAUGUGGUGAGAGGCAUGUCCUAACAAUAGAAACGUCUGUGAAAUUUUGUGACUUUGAGUAGCUAUACCUUUGUUACUUUUUAACAAAUCAUUUCAAACCUGGCAAUUUUACAUAUUUAACCCCUUCUUUACCAGAGUAAAAUACACCUGGCGACUGGUGGCCAUUGUUCGAAGAUUCACCUUGGUCUUCUUCAACAUUUUCCUCCAGCGAAGACUCCUCAGAUAGUUUUCCUUUUUCCAAUCACUUUUGCUGUAAAAUCGCUUACAUCAGAGUCCCCAUCAGCGCAAAUUUCAACUGGUGCUUCUCCAGUCAUUCUUUGUUGCCGUGGCUUAGCCACCAUGUCAGAAAAAGUAUUGAGCUACCGGUAAAUACGAUAAUAGCGAAGUGAAUAUAACUUGUCAGCAGCCUUUUAUAAAUUAUUACUGCCAGACCUUUCUCAACGACCAGAUUUAAUUUAUUCAAGCCAACUCAAACAACUGGACUCUUGGUGAUCUCAUUUGUAUGAGGAUGUAUUUUUGCGUCCUCGGUUGCUGAGUGACCUCUCGGAGGAUAUAUAUACAUCCUUGGCAGGGAAGGGGUCAAAGGCGCUCUUCCCAGCAAAGUAGUCAGAACUUGUCCAUAUCAAAAGUUGAAAAAAACUGGAAAGGUAAAUUUUGUUCUUGUUCCACAAUUUUGGCAACUGACAUGCAACUGUAGACUGAUUGCAGACUAUUGUUUUUAUGCCUAGAAAACAAUGGGACUAUUAUUGUCACGUUCGCAUUUGCGUGGUGAAAACAAUAGUCUGCAGUCUGCGAUUUACACUGACCUUAAUUGUUAAAGAUUUAUUUGAAGCCAUACCCAGAUUUUGGGCUAAUAAUAUGUUAAUUUACUUGUGGAAGACUUAGCAUCACUAUUAUACGAUGUUUUUCACAUUACAUCCUAAUGCCAAGUUUUCCAGUUUGUAAUGUGCACCCUUGUAAAAUGGACACCCUAGAUUUUGAUUAGCUGUAUUAAUACUGAUUUUUCACCUUAUGGCUUCAAAGAAUAACUGGAUAAAGAUAUAGUUUUUUUUUAUUUUGAAGGGCUGCAAGAACGUGGCUUGUUUUUCUUAUCAAUGUUUCCAGUAAAUUUCCCAUAGUUUUAUCAUUUUUCUUUGUAGAUUAUCUCAUAAGUGAGAUAAUGGGAAAGAGAGGGAGUUGGUUUGUUGCUGCAGUGGGCAAUAAAAUGUCUUAAGUUAUUUUCAACCUUAUUAGUUGUUAAACAUGACUAUUGGAGGUAGAUAUAGUCAUGUUUGAAUUUGUGUUUUCACAAAUAUCUUUUCUAGUAUGCAGCUUUUUACACUUAAAAUUGCCUUUUUUAGGUGGAAUUCAAGGAUACCAACUAUGAUGCCUUCCUGAGAGUCCUUGAAUAUUUAUACACUGGCCAGUGCCCUUGCCUAAACUUGGAUGAAACCAUUGUUGUGAUGGCUUUGGCAAACUUCUUCUGUUUGCCCAGGCUUGUUGCUCUUUGUGAGCAGAUCAUUGUCAAAGAACUUCAGGUUUCUAUGGCAACUGAUGAAAUGGCUGUGGCUGAGGAUAUUAUUGGUAAGGGAUAAGUCUGUGUGCAUGCCUGUGUGUUGGAAAUUAAUGAGUUACUGAGUACAGUGUGAAUAUAGACAAUAACUGGCCGGAAUGGGUAGAAUAUAAUUGUCUGUGUGCUGUGUGUAGUCAUGAAUAGCGCUGUUGUUGACGGUAACUGGUAUUUUGACAACCUUUGGGUUAGUCAUCAUCAGAAUAAAAAAGAUUUGAUGAUGAUGAGAAGUAAAAAAAGUGAUGAGUACCACACAGGUUGUGGAAAUGUCAGAUGAUAUCCUUAACAACUGUAUUUUAUUUAUGUCUCCUGUCCAGAACAGUUGCAUUGGGGCUGUUGAGGCUGCCAUAUUGUUUAUGGUGGAUACCUCUGGAGAUUUAAUUCAAAGUUUAGAUGUAAAUUGGGUGAAAGAGAAUAAAUAGUUGUUCUCUCUGAAUGGUUUAUUCUUUGAAAUUAAACCAGAAAUUCUUAACACGAUUAAGCAAGAUACCAGACUGAUGUUGGAACAUAAAAUAAUAACUGAAACAUUGUUUUUCUUUAUUCGUUAUUGUUAAAGAGCAAGAAAAAAUAUUUGUCAAACACUUUUUGCUACCUGGCAACUGAAAAAUUUUAUUUUGUCGCUAGCUGUUGCCCGUAUCAAAAAGUUAUUUCAGACCAUGUGUCGCUGUCAAAACAGUCCUGUUCAGGGUGCAAAGAAAGUCAUUUUUACAGCUUGCCAUUCGGGCUAGCUGUGGUUAGCUUGUACUAGCCCAAACAUCACUUUAACUAGCCAUAAAAGCUUUUUGAUGAGCAGGUUUGAAUACACAGUCCCUCUGUAAUUUGAAUUCUCAAAAAGAUUCACUUGCCCAUCGGGCAAGGUAAGAGCAAGAGUCACUAGCCUGAUAACAAAAUCCUCUAGCCCCAGGCUAUCGGACAGUACUUUCUUUACACACUGCUGUUCAGGAUCAUACUCACCCGGAUGACCGUGUGUGCAUUUGUGGAAUUGCACACAUUUUAGACAUCCUACUGAUGAACAGUUACCACUUGAAGAUAUUUUGAGGAACAAAACUGUACCAAGUGGGGGUUGGAAAGGGGAUUGUGAGUUUUACUAGACCUUUACUUGUAGUCAAUAUUGGGGCAGCAUGUGUUCAAUAUUGACAAAUAGCACAACCAGCAUGUCUGGCUAUUGUGUAAGAGUUUUAGUUAAUACAUGAAAUAAGUAAGUUACCUUACCCUCAAAUUAUGAAUGCUUGCAGACUACCAUUUUUAGAAGUAAUUUCCUUUCUUAAUUUCUUUUAUUUGACUGUCAUGUCUUCAGGGUAUCUUCUUGAAGCUCAGAUUCACAAUGCAUCUCAGCUAGAAGCAUGGUGCAUACACUUCAUUGCAACACACUACAAUGCCAUCUACAGCCAGUGUCCCAAACCUCUCAAGAACCUUGACAGCUCAACACUUAUGGCCAUAGAGAAGAAACGCUGGCCCCCACCAUGGUAUAUUCUGGAGGCAGACUGGUAUCAAAAGGCUGUCCAAGAACUGGAUAAUGAGAAAGCUGCAGACAAGUUACGCAAGUCACACAAACAUGUGAGGCACAAGAGGAAGUGCAGCUGCUUGUGA